AUCAGUCAAUUAUUUAUUUUCAAUCAGUUUAUAUCGGUCAUAAAAUAAAUUAAGUGCAAAAUGAAUAUUGUUGGGGCAUUAAUCUGUUUAAGUGCUUUGGUGUAUUGUGCACAAGCCGUAGGAUACGCUCACAGCUAUUCUCAUCUGCAUCAACAUCAUGAUGACGGUGGUCAUGAACAUCACGAAAUUCCACACCACGAAGAAUACCAUCACGAUCCCAUUCAUUACAAAUAUGGAUACUCAGUGCAUGACCCUCACACCGGAGACAAGAAAGAAGCUUGGGAGCACAGAACUGGAGAUGCCGUUAAAGGAUCUUAUUCCCUAGUUGAACCUGAUGGCUCAAAACGUAUCGUCGACUACACGUCUGACAAACAUCUUGGCUUCAAUGCUGUUGUAAAGAAGAUCGGACACCAUGGACACCAUUCCGUUGAACAUUUCCCUAGUCAUGGAUACUAAAACCGCAAAUCGUCCGAACAAAUUUUUGUUUUACGUGAUUCCUGUCUUUGCCAAGCAAAAACAAAAUAAUUCAUCAACAACAUAUUAUGCACUCUCAGAGACUCUGUCGUAUGUAAUUAUUAUGCAUUAUGCACGCAUCAUUCUUCAACUAUCCAUCACGUUUUAUUACUAUAAUCUGCUACACAACAACACAAUACACA